AUGGCGGAAAGGAUGGCGGAAAGUGAGACAACACCUUCUUCAAUUACCGCCUCGUUACCCUCGAACGAUGGGCCCAAGUUUAUCGAUCCCAUCGACAAAUAUUCGGCACUCAUUGUCAGGGGAACGAUAGUUGGCGCUGGGAUGAUAGGAAUUGGACUUUUCCUGAAGAACUCACGUUUGUUUGCUCGCUUUGAAACUGUGAGCCAAAUUCCGAAGGACAUAAUUCGGAAAGAACUCGAGCUGAAAGGACGAGUACGCGAAAUUCUUCCGAGCGGGGAGCUACGGAUUGAACACGAGCCUAUAAUCAAACUUCCUACCAUCUUCCGGCAAAAAUCGAUUAAUCAGAAAGGUCUCCUCAAUGUUCGAUUGGCUGGAUUGGAUAUCUCAAAAGCCGGACAGCAGUACAUCUCCAAAGAUUUACGACUGACAAAUAAACCAGUGACGUUCACGGUGAUUAAGCCUGCUGAAGACUUACCAAACACAAUUGAUGCCGAUGUCACUGUCAAAAAAAACUUUGUUACAAGAACAAAUUUGAAUGUGGACCUGGUUAGACGCGGUUACGCUCGUGUUCCUGCACCGGAUCACAUUAAACAUUUAAAGGCAUUGCAAUCAGUACCCGCUUAUUCUCGUCUGGUAUCAAAAUUGUUGAUGAGUGAAAAGGUUGCUGACCGAAGAGGUGUAGGUGUUUGGGAAAGAGACACAUGGGUCGAAUCAGUUCAAUCGGCUCCGUCACAAUUUGUCGGUUACGUGCGGGCAGCAGCGAUAACAAAAUUUGCGUUUCUGAUGUACAAUGUUACAAAAGAUGUAGUGCUUUAUGGUGUUAAAGUUGCUCAAGGAACAUGGUAUAUGUUCCUCACCAUUUGUUCUUAUUUGGCACUUGGAUAUCGAAAAUUUGGACAAGGCGUUGAUCGGGCGACUUCCACCUAUAAUCGCAUAAAAAAUAAAGCAACAGAAAAA